AUGUUAAAUCACGAAAUUACUGGAAAAGGGAAAACAUUAGUUUUCUUACAUGGAUUUUUAGAAAGUAUUAAAAUUUGGGAUUCACUUGUUAAUAAAUUAAGAAAUGAUUAUCAAGUCAUCACAAUUGAUUUACCUGGACAUGGAAAAUCUGAUACAACUCGUGAUAUAAAUACAAUGGAAGAAAUAGCUGAUGACGUUAUUGAAGUACUAAAUAAUUUGAAAAUUGAUAAGGCUACUUUUAUUGGUCACUCUAUGGGAGGAUAUGUAACUUGUGCAAUUGCAGAGUUGUAUCCAAAUAGAGUUGAAAAUAUUGUUUUAAUAAACUCAUCUACUUUACCUGAUGACGAGACUAAGAAAAAUCAGAGAUUAAAAGCAUGUAAAACUGCUCAAGAAAAUUUAAAAGGUUUAGUAACUGUAAGUAUCCCUAGUUUAUUUGCUGCACAUCAUCGUGAAAAAUUUAGAGAUAGUAUUGAAUUUAUUAAAGAUAUUGCUCUAAAAACACCUAUUAAUGGAGUUUGUGCUGCGCUAAAAGGAAUGAGAGAAAGACCUGAUCGUUCAUCUAUAUUAUAUGAUUUUAAAGGAGAAAUAUAUAUUAUUAUUGGAGAAAAUGAUGAAACCGUAAAUCCUGAAUUAUUAUUAACAUUAAUUCCAAACUCUCCUAAUAUUCAUCUAUUCACUAAUAAAAGUGGACACAUGGCUUAUAUAGAAAAUUUUGAUGAUGUUUUAGCUAUUUUAAGUUCUAUUUAG